AAAAUAAGACCCGCGCUUUUACGAACGAACACUCUCGUCUCUUCUGUCGUCAACUCUGAAACUCCUUCUUCUUCCUCAUUUUCGCCUCUCUUUCUCUCUCCUCCCUAUCACCGUAUGAUUUCCUACAUUCCUACUACUUUAAAGUUUAAACUCCCAAAUUCGCGCUUUAGUCAUGAAUUUCUCGCUCUUCAUGUAGAAAAUUAGGGUUUCUGAUGCACCGUUAUUGACUCGUAUUUGUUGAUAUCUUCAUCAACUACUUUAUCAAGCAAAAUUUUGUUAAGGAUUUUAAUUGCAAUGAGAAAAAGAAGCAAUGCAAUUGUCGUUGUGUCAUCAGACGACGACGAUUUCUCUGCUGUUAGAACUCGUUCCUCGUCAAUUUCAAAGUUGAAUAGUAGAAAUUCGAAAUCGACAACUUCUGCCGCUAAAUCGACUAAGAAGAAGGCGCGUCUUUCUCAUUCUCUCUCCUCUUCCGCCCAAUUGUUCUCCAAUUUCGACGAGUGCAAAUUUCUCUCUGGAGGUUUGGCUGAUGAUUUUGCUGGGUUUAAGGUAUCUACUGAUUCGAAGAGGCUUGGCGGAACGGAGUCGUGGGUUGAUAAGUAUAGACCACGUUCUUUAGAGGAGCUAGCUGUUCAUAAAAAGAAGGUGGAAGAAGUUAGAUUGUGGUUUGAGGAAAAGCUGAUGAUUUCAAAGCAAGGAUCCCAAAACUAUGUUCUCCUCAUCACUGGCCAAGCUGGAACUGGAAAAUCUGCAACUGUUCGUGUUGUUGCAUCUCAUUUUAGAGCGGAAGUUUGUGAAUGGAAUACACCUACUCCUACAAUUUGGCAGGAACAUGUUCAUAACUUGAAUACAGGGAUGCGUUACAUAUCUAAGUUGGAUGAGUUCGAGAAUUUUGUGGAGCGAGCUAGGAAGUAUGGGAUGCUUUCAUCAUCAUUUACCGGGUCAAGGCAACCCAUGAUGCUCUUAAUUGAAGAUCUUCCUGUAGCAAAUGGAAGGAUUGCUCAAGGAAGACUUCUCAAUUGCUUGCAACCUCUUGUUAAAUCAGUACAAAUUCCAACAGUGAUCUUGAUAACUGAUUAUAGUGCAGCUGACUCUGCUGAUUCCAGCAUGCGCUAUUGGGAAGAACUUUCAUCAUCUCUAGAGAGUGCUGGGGCCUGUAAGAUGGCCUUCAAUCCAAUAACAGUGAAUUCAAUUAAAAAGGUGCUUUCUAGAAUAUGUAAACAAGAAAAGUGCGACACAAGUUGUGAGCAGUUAGAUUUAAUAGCGAAUGCAAGUGGAGGUGAUAUCAGACAUGCUAUCACGACUUUGCAAUAUGCUUGUCUUAGACAGGACAAAAAGGUGCUUACAUUUUCUGAGGAAUGUACCCCUGAUAUAGAAGCUAAAUCACAAGAUCACAGUCCAGAGGAUGCUGGAUCUUCUCUUGCUUUUGGCAGGGAUCAGACACUGUCUUUGUUUCAUGCCCUUGGGAAAUUUUUACACAAUAAAAGAGGCAUUGAAUGUUCCAUGUCACAUGGUGAAGAUGGAUUUUGUUUGAAAGAAGGGUUUACAAGAUUACCUUUGAAGAUGGAUUCCCCAGAAAAGGUUCUUUGUCAAGCAUAUGGGCAAGCAAGGCCAGUGGCUGAAUUUCUACAUGAAAAUGUUCUAGAUUUUCUCCACCAGGAGGCGAUUGAAGAUGCAUGGAUCGUGGCGUCAUAUUUGACUGAUGCUGACUGCCUUCUUUCUUCAGUUCAUCGAUCAUCUGCUAGAAAUUAUGAAGCAGAGAAUGUUAUACAAUCAGCCGCUGCCUCAGUAGCUGCACGUGGAGUGCUCUUUGGAAAUGCUCAUCCUGCCCCUUCCAGGUGGCAUUGUAUUCGCCGCCCUAUGCUUUGGCAGGCAGAGAAAUCAACAAGGCGUAAUAUGCUUGAGAUGGAGAGGCAAAGGCUUGACCAUUGUUAUGGUCUAGGCUUGUCAAAUGUAACUUCUAUCUGCACCGACUAUAGACCGGCACUUAAAUGGCUUGGUUAUAGAGCAUCUUUGUCUUUUGAGUGUUCUGAUGUUAACGACAGCUUACUACAAGAUGAUGAACUUGAUCAGAUGGAUUCCCAAGAUCAAUCUAGUGAGCUCAACGACGACGAAAUUGAAGAAUGGUAAUUACUAACUUGGAGGUAAUGUAUUUGUGGAGACACAAUCUCUAAUCAGAUACUAAACUGCUAAUUCAAGCGAAGUAUUUCCGUCUAUGAUGGUACUUCCUUAAGUGUUAAUAUAUGUUCCAUUUCUUGAGGAAGCAAAUCGUGAAGGAAUGAUUUUGUAUUUAGUAGGCUGUAUAUAGUAAAAGUUUAGCUUGAACAGUUGAACUGAUGGCGAGUCUCUUAAUGGUGAGUUGUUUAUAUCCGAUAGUUCCGUCUCAUGGCUCUUAAUAUCACGGUUAGGUUUGAAUGUUUAUUGUAGCCAAUUUUUGGACAUUUUGAGAUGGGUAUUGGCAGCAUGUAAUUUUGCAACUUUUGCUGCAUAAUGUGCAGAAAAUUCAUUUAACA